GUCGCAUAUAUGAAAAUCCCAGUGUCAGCUUGCAAGAAAGAUAGAGAGUUAGUCAAUAUAGAAGCUAGUAGAGAUAUUAGAGAUGUAAGAAUUAGUACCGUAGAUAUAGAAGAGGCAGUGUGA